CCACCCGUCUGCCACCUCAGCCCUUCGGCACCAAGGGCACGCGCCGAGCCCCCAUCGCGCAGAGCAUGGCGGACGCUCGCCAGGCGGAGCUGCUGGGCCUCGUCGAGGAAACCACGGCCGCCUCGCCCGCGCGCGGCCCCUGGCGCGGGCUGCAGCUUGGCGCCGCCGCGCUGCUGCUCCUGGGUGCGCUCACGGGCGCGGCGCACCUGGCCUUGGGCGCCGAGGCUCCGCACCCCCGCGCCACGGGCGCCCUGUUGGAGCUGACCGCGAGCGAAGGGGACACGAGCGCCCUCUUGGAGCUGGACGACACACAGCAGGCCGUGGUGAACAAGCUCAUCGACCGGCAGGUCGCGCUGGCGCAGACGGGCGCGGCGACCUCGUCCCCCACCAGGUCGGACUUCGAGGAGCUCGGCGGGACGCUGCCGGUCGCGGCAGACAGGGCUCUCAAGAGCCUGGACUCCUCUGCCAAACGGAAGCUCACGGGGCCCAGGGUGGGUUACUUGAGUCCUUUCCCCGAGGAGAUGGAGAGGACUGCCACUACCCAACGGGUGCCGAGAUCUCCUGCAUCUCGGGGUACCACUGCUGCGACUCGCUGCAGAUUGUAG